UCUCUGUUUUUUCAAUUUAACUAGACGUGUAGUGGGCCCAUGCCACAUUGAUAGGUGACUUUCAUGGUUUAAAUAGAUAUGCAGUUUCUCGCGCAGGUCCAGUCAAACUAAGGGUUUAUCCAGCGGCCCAACGUAAACACGUGAAGUGGUACAAAAAAGGAGGAGGAGGCGAUAUGGCCAUGCCGGAGAACCCUCAGUUUCCCGAGGUCAACUUAGAUCAACUACUGGGUCCGUCCGCUAACGAGGGCACGUUCCUGGCCCCGUAUCGGCAUGCUUCGAUAUCCAAAAUCAACACAAACACCCAGUCUAAGCGUCGCCGGCUGUCCGAGCGGAUUUGCGACAGCGAUGAGUUGAUACGGAAAGUGAAACAGCUGCAGAGCCACAACCAACAACUGACCGACACGCAGCGGACAGCCAAGGAGGUGACCGAUCUGUACACGACAGAAAAGCAGCAAAGGAUAGAGCUGGAGAAGCAUUGUCAAGAGCUCGAAGGGCGCUGCAGCCAGCUGGAAAUUAAACUGGACGCUCAAGUCACCAACUGUGAGAAUCUGGAGGAGGAUCUGAAGGUCAGGGCCCUACCGAUGGCUGCUAAAGACCUGGUCGAGGCCUACAUGCAACUCGCACACAGAGUAGGCGACGAUGCCGGGCUGUCACGACGUGAGCAAAAUAUAAUGAAAAAAGUCAGAGACUACUGCAAGUCGGCAAAGAUUGUUGUCGCAGAACUAAAAAGUCCUAACCCGAAAGCAAAGCGAAAAGGCAUCACCCAAACAAUGAAAACUCAAUCCACACAAACUUCGACUAAGCCGAAGACCAGUAUGUGUUCCGUUGGUGUGCAGAUCACGAAUCUGGUGGAGACACGCAAUCAGGGGACGCAGCAUAAGAAAUCCACGACCACACGAGGAACCACUACGGCCGCCUUCAUCAAGUACCGCGAUGUGGGUACAUGCUUUCCAGAACCGAAGCCCGCGCCGAAUGUGCGCCAAAUCCUAGAUGAGAUGUUAUCCUGGCACAGACCCGCUGUCGCCAUGCCCCUAAGCCCCAUAAUGGAACCUCCGCUUGUGGUGGAGGACAUCAUCUCCAAGAAAUCCACCGUAAAUAUUGGCACCUGCACCAUGCUUUGCAAUGUGCACCGAGAGAUCGACUUCAUGCCUGUGGUGCCGUCACAGAUCAAGGUCUCCACAUCUCGGCCACCCUCGCGCACCAUGUUCGAAAGUGUGAAGGAUGAGGCAUUGGCGGGGGGCACCGUGCCGUCUGGCAACGCCAAGGAGUUUCGGGAGAUUCUUAACUUUCUACCUCAAAACCAAAGCUGCCUCGCCAACCUGCCGCCCCAGGCCUUCGAUGAGCUAUGGCAUGUUAUUGGCCAAAUGGUUCUGUGUCUGCUCCACAGGGGAUCGAACCCUCCGCUUUCACCGCCGCCCAGCAUUAAGCAAAUGGACUUUACAAGUUGGCUCUACGCGCUCUAUGAGGGCACACUGACUCAUCCGGUGAUUGAAAAGCAGCGUAAACCGGAUCAUGCCUCCAGCACAAGCAGCAAAAAAGAUAACUACGAGUCGGGCACAGAUUGCAUGGGAAUGGAUGUUGGCACUGAUCCUAUGGACAUAAUCGCAGAAUCGUCCAACAUCAGCAUCGGAGGAGAGCUCACGCCGAUACAUCUGCCACCGAAGCCACUGCAAGAACGAAAGAAAAAGUCAAGAAAACGCAAAGCGUCUUCGAUUCUGAAGCCAAUCCCCAAGCGAAAGAUUGUGCAUGAUGAAGCAGCAGUGGAGCAAGCACUACCCCAAAUGGCCAAUGAACUAAUGGAAAUGCACCAGAAAGUGGAGUCGCCAGCUCCAGAGACGGCGAUUCAAUUUAUAAGCAAUCUGAACACCUUCAACAUGCCCUACUGUGAUAAUUUAGACUUUGAUUUGGACUUGGAAGAGCGGUAUUUGCUUCGUUUAUUGUCCACCAAUGGCCAUAACAUGCGAAGGACAGUGGAAAGUGACAAGGUUGUGGAACAUUCAGAAAGAAAUCCUUUGUCGCCACCUCAAUACGAACUCAAUGAUAAUGAGGAUCGUACGACGAACACAGAUUCCGUUCCAGCGAAAUUCAAUCCGAAAGUCUCCAGUGAUGAAGAAAAUUCUCUGGAAGAGCCGCAGUCAAAGCAAAAAGAACUCGAUGGCAAUGUGGAGGAUGCUACGACCGACACAGAUUCCUUGCCAGGUGAAUGCAAUCUUCAAGUCUUCAGUGAUGAAGAAACUUCUGUGGAACAGCUGCCGCCACCUCAAAAAGAACUCAAUGCGAAUGACGACAUCCUCAUGAGUAACUCAGAUAUAUUGCUGGGGGAAUGCGUCAAGGAUAAGGAUAUGCCAUCUUUCGAAAAUGACAGAGAGGAAUGGGAAGAAGCAAAAACAGCAGCAGAUCCACCAAAACCAGCAACGCCAGUGCACGCAAAUUUACAUUUGGAGCUAUUCGGCAGCGAGUCAGAAUCCGAGGCGGAUGCAAGCGAUGCGCAGCUGCAUUGGGAUUCGUUGAAUUUCGGUUGUAGCAACAGCGAGGGAUCGGAAAUUCUAGUUAUAGAUGAAGGAAGUUCCCCGAUAUCACAAUCCCCGAUAUCACAAUCUCCGAUAUCACAAUCCCCAAUAUCACAGUCCCCGAUAUCAGAAUCCCCGAUGGCACAGUCGCCACUGCGACCGUCCUUUAGUCAGCUCAAAAGGAAGGAAAGAGCAAGCGAGUCGCCGCACAAGGAAGUUCGUUUGACUCGUUUAAGAGCCAAGCAGAUCCAAAUGGAACAAAAUAGCCUAAAAGAGGAACAGGCGAAAGAUAUAGAUCAAAAAUUAGAGCAGACGCCGGCACAGGAAAAUGAAACGAAAGCGAAGAGAAAUGAGACGAAGGAUUUGGAGCACGAGAAGACUAUUUUCUAUGACUUGGAGUCUCCAGCCUCACCCACUUCGACGUGGACGGACCAGAGCGACAGUCCACCCAUCGAAAUCCCAUUGGAGCUGUCAGGGUGCCGCAAGGGUGACGGCGAACCCAAGGCUAUGCUUCUGCAUGUGAUGGAUGCACCCAAGGGGAAAAUGCAGUCUACGCAUCGUCUUACGGAGACGCAGAAGGAUUUGCUUUGCUCUACAAUAAAAAGAUAUCUUAUGGACACCAUUCAACUGGACUCGACGUGCAGGGACCUCUUGAACGAGGUCUUUAAGAUAACGCGGGAUGUAGCUGUGAUUGUUAAUGUGAUGAUUACAGCCUUCUGCCAGAUGACCUACAAUUGGAUGGAGCCCAAACCAAACGACCCGUUGGAUCGCCUGCUGAAUGCCCUUAGAUACUUUGAAGUGAUCAGAUCCAACCAACCCUCCUUCACACAGAGCUUCUUGUGUGCGCUGGAGAAGCGUCUCUUCCGGGUGACAAAGGAUAGAAUCCAACUGGACUGGGCCAUCACGUGCGUCAAACUCUACCUGGAGGUGGGCCGACUGCAUGCCAGCCAUUCGAAUCCGGAGACAUAUGAGAACCCGUCGCGCUUGCUGCUAGCAAAAAUACUGUAUAGAUACGACAGGGAUGUGACUCAGUUGGUGUACGAGGUGUUGUGCUUCCAUCCCACGGUGCUGCCGCACCGCGAGGUCCGGGAGUACAACAACUUCGAUCCCCUGAUUACUGUGAUCAAGCAUCUGCUAAUGUGCCGGAAUUACGAAGUGAGUGAUCCCAAAGGAUGCGAGCGAUUGCUGCUCUCCAAGCUGCGCUUCGCGUAUCACUUCCAGCCCUUUGAGCCCACCAAAGAACAGGUGCUGGAGAACCUGGUGGACAAGCUGAAGGCGGGCCGCCUGGACCAGCUGAGCUACGCCUUUGCGCUCUUCUGUCGUCGCAGCCCGCGGUUGGAUGUGGUGAACAAUGUGCUCGCCCAGCACCUGUUGCCGCUCGCCUCUAGCUACUGUGAUCUAAGUGCACAUACUGAUGCGUACGAUGUCCGACUCGAGGGUAUUCUGCAGUGUAUAUCGGUGGUGCUGAAGCCGCUGCCCCUGGACACGGACAUCUCCAGCUUUAUUGGGCUGUUCAAACGCCUGCUCGUGGCAGUGCCACGAGCAGCCGUUCAACAGGCAGCCGUUCAGGCCAUCUUGAGGCUGCAACGGUUCGGCUUCAAGCACGUUCUCGAUGCUCUCCAAAACUACAGACCCAACUACCAACUGACGCCACUGACACGCGCCAUGUUGCGCAGCUUUGUGCAGCGGCGUCGCGUCUACCAUAUCCAGAGGAGGCAUGCACAGAGCCAUGCCCAAGGAGCGGCCACAUGAGAUUCUCUUUGUAUGAAUUGCAACUAUUUAUUUAAAUUAUAUUGUAUAUUAUGUAUAGAUAUUUUGGAUUAAACUAAAUGCCAACUGCAACUGCAA